CCAAACUUGAGGCUGCGGCUAAAGUUAGACGAGGCGCUGGAGGGGUAUAUAAGCCCCCCUGGGGUGGAGGACAAACGCGGCUUCACCCUCUCUUCCUCUCUUUCUUCAUCGUCCCAACCUCCAAUCGAAGCUUCUCGAGAUGGCACCCAAGAAGGCCAAGAGGAGGCAGGCAGCCGGGGACAGCGGUUCCUCCAACGUCUUCUCCAUGUUUGAGCAGAGCCAGAUUCAGGAGUACAAGGAGGCCUUCACAAUCAUCGACCAGAACAGAGACGGCAUCAUCAGCAAAGACGAUCUGAGGGACGUGCUGGCCUCCAUGGGUCAGCUGAACGUGAAGAACGAGGAGCUGGAGGCCAUGAUCAAGGAGGCCAGCGGCCCCAUCAACUUCACCGUCUUCCUCAACAUGUUCGGAGAGAAGCUGAAGGGCGCCGACCCCGAGGACGUCAUUCUUAGCGCUUUCAAGGUCCUGGACCCCGAGGGUACCGGAACCAUCAAGAAGCAGUUCCUGGAGGAGCUCCUGACCACUCAGUGCGACAGGUUCUCCAAGGAGGAGAUCAAGAACAUGUGGGCCGCCUUCCCCCCAGAUGUCGCGGGCAACGUGGACUACAAGAACAUCUGCUACGUCAUCACACACGGAGAGGAGAAGGAGGAGUAAAGGACGCCAGAAGGAGAUGAUGAGAAGAAAGACGACUAUCCCUUCGCUUUCUCUACCCUUCCUGCCCUCCUUCCUGUCUUCCCUCCCUCCCUCCGUCCCACCCGCUUUGCCCUCCGUGUUGACCCGUGGGGACGGGACGUCUGUGUCGGCUUACGGGGAACAGGGGAUGCUUUUCAAUAAAACCAAUGUAACAUCAUGUGACCACUCCAAACACUUUUCUUUCUUUGUGUCAACUCACCUCCGCCAAAGUGGCCUUCUUGCCUUGACAGGAGCCCACUGGAGGAGGCGAGCAGACCACCUGAAGGCCUCAUUCCCAUUAUGAAGAGGUGCUAAAAAAAAGGAGAGAACAUGUACUAGUUGGAGAUGAAGGAUGUGUCUCCUUAAAGUGAGGAUAUGUCAGAAGGGAAGGAGAGAAAGGCCUGAAAGAAAAUAUCUUCGAUUACUUUCUCUCCUCGCCUUCCCGAGUCCACUCUUCCUCUGUAAGCAACGACUCCUCCUCGCCUUUCCUCUGUAACGAAUAAAAGGGACAAACUGUGAAUAAAAAACUCUUUCUUUUUGUACAA